AUGCCGGUGCCGAUGUUGAUGCCGGCGUCGGCACCAGCGUCGGUGCCCGGGCUCGGCGCUGGUGCCGAUGCCCAUACCGGUGCCGACACCGGUGCCGACGCUGAUACCGGUCCCGAUGCUGAUGCGGAGCUGAUACUGGGUGGGGGUGACCGUGGGCCCCCUCCCACCCGCACCCUUCCCACGGCCCAGGUGCAGGAGUGGAACGUGGAGGCCCCCCACCUGAUGCCGCUGCAGCCACCGCUGCUGCCGGAACGGGCGCACGUGCGGGAGGCGCAGCUCCACUCCGCCGAGGCCUCGCUCUGGACCGUGGUGGCCACGGUGCAGGCGAUGGAGAGGAAGAUCGACCUCCUCGCCACCCGCCUGCUCAGCCUGGAGGGUCGGUCCGGCACGGCUGAGAAGAAGCUUCUGGACUGCGAGAAGACGACCAUGGAGUUUGGGAACCAGCUGGAGAGCAAAUGGGCUGUGCUGGGCACCCUCAUCCAGGAGUACGGGCUGCUCCAGCGGCGCCUGGAGAAUGUGGAGAACCUGCUGAAGAACAGGAAUUUCUGGGUGCUGCGGCUGCCCCCCGGCCCCCGGGGCGAGGUCCCCAAGGUGCCGGUGACGUUUGUUGACAUUGCCGUCUACUUCUCGGCGGAGGAGUGGAAGAAUUUGGAGGAGUGGCAGAAAGAGCUGUACAAUAACCUGGUGAAGGAGAACUAUGAGUCUUUGAUCUCCCUGGAUGGUGCCCUCUCCAGAAGCGAGAUGCAGCCCCGCAGCGAGCGCGGGGAGGGACCCUGCGUCCCCGAGCAGAGGGAGCUGGAGCAGAGGGAGCUGCCGCCGGACGCCUGUGCGGAGUCGCUGAUCUCCACCUCCGACAUCCUGUCCCGGAUCAAGCAGGAGGUGGCCUUCGUGGGGGAGCAGCAAUUCGCAGAGGAGCGAGGGAUGCCGGCGGACCCCUGUGCAGGCGCAGACGCCCUGAUCACAGCACACGACUUCUUGUCGUGGAUCAAGCAGGAGGAAGAACCCUGCGUCCGCGAGCCCUGGGAGCUGCCGGAGAGGGAGAUGCUGACGGGUCCCGGUCCUGCUGGCGAGGGGCUGCUAGUGAAGACGGAGGAGCGGUGCCCCCACGCCGAGCCCCCAGAAGAGGUGGGCUUGCCGGGCGGCUCCGGGGAGCUGCUCUUCCCCGGCGCAGGCUUCGGGAACCCCGAGGGACAGGCAGCGGUGACGGCGGCGGCAGCGGCGGUGGCUCUGCCGGCACAGCACAGACUGGGCAAAGCUCCAGGCUCAGAGCCGGGGCCGGGGGCCGAGGCGGCGGGGGUCCCCACCGUGACGCCGGGACCAGCCGAGGAGCGGCCGCAUGGCUGCGCCGAGUGCGGGAAGAGCUUCAGCGGGAAGAAGAGCCUGCGGAUCCACCAGCGGAGCCACGCGGCCGAGCGCCCCUACCCUUGCGCCGAGUGCGGCAAGAGCUUCAACUGCCACUCGGGGCUGGUGCGGCACCAGAUGAUCCACCGCGGCGAGCGGCCCUACAAGUGCGCCGAGUGCGGCAAGUGCUACAGCCGCAAGGAGCACCUGCAGAACCACCAGCGGCUGCACACGGGCGAGCGGCCCUUCGCCUGUGCCGCCUGCGGCAAGAGCUUCAUCCGCAAGCAGAACCUGCUCAAGCACCAGCGCAUCCACACCGGCGAGCGGCCCUACCAGUGCCCGGCCUGCGGCCGCAGCUUCCGCUACAAGGAAUCCCUCAAGGAUCACCAACGGGUCCACGGGGCUGAAGCGGGGCCCCCCCCGCUGCCCACCCCCGGCAUCAUGCCCCCCGGGGACUAG